UCAGGGACCACCAGCGGUAGGCGGCUCGAGAGGCAGUUAGUCGCGCGCACGCUUCUCCAAGAUGGCGGCCGUGAAGGAUGGUUGUACUUUAGGAGAAGCGGCCGCAGGGAACGGGCGGCGGCUCCACCUAGGGAUUCCUGAGGCCGUGUUUGUGGAAGAUGUAGAUUCCUUCAUGAAACAGCCUGGGAAUGAGACUGCAGAUACAGUGCUAAAGAAGCUGGACGAACAGUACCAGAAGUAUAAGUUUAUGGAACUCAACCUUGCUCAAAAGAAAAGGAGGCUGAAAGGUCAGAUUCCUGAAAUUAAGCAGACUUUAGAAAUUCUAAAAUACAUGCAGAAGAAAAAAGAGUCCACCAGUUCACUGGAGACCAGAUUCUUACUGGCAGACAACCUGUAUUGCAAAGCUUCUGUUCCUCCUACUGAUAAAGUGUGUCUUUGGUUGGGGGCUAAUGUAAUGCUUGAAUAUGAUAUUGAUGAAGCCCAGGCAUUAUUGGAAAAGAAUUUAUCGACUGCCACGAAGAAUCUGGAUUCUCUUGAGGAAGACCUUGACUUUCUUCGAGAUCAGUUUACUACCACAGAAGUCAACAUGGCCAGGGUUUAUAACUGGGAUGUAAAAAGAAGAAACAAAGAUGAUUCUACCAAGAACAAAGCAUAAUGCUGGCGAUUAAAAAUGUGGUUCAGUUUUCCAAACACGUUUAUUUUAAGUACCCCAAAGCUUAUCCCUAAAGCUUGACAUGACUUUGACUGAUUUUUUUUAACAGCAAGAAUGAUAAUUAAAACUUUAAAAAGAUAAACAUCGUUUUAUUAUAAAAACAAAAUUGGUUUCAAAUAUUUUGUGAAAUUAACAAUAUUUUAAUUUUUUUUUAUUUCCAACAAAGUAAAUGCUACCUUCAUCGUUUUUUUUUUGUUGUUGUUGU